AUGAAUGUUCACAUUAUUUAUGAUUCAAGCAUGGUACGAUACCACAUUAUGUAUAAAGAUAUUGACAGUCUGGUCCUGAAUUACGAUGUGACCUUUGCAGUUUUUGCUACAAUUUUUGUUCGAUUUAAAAAAACACAAAUUUCAGAUGCUACACGGAAAAAAGAAAACUCGAAAAAUUACAUUUCCGAUAUAAUUGAAGAAAAAAGUGGGUCUGAUAAAUUUUGGAACCAGUUCGAUAGAAGUAAAAAAAUAACUUGUGACAAAGUGGAAGCAGAAAGUUAUUCUUACUCAGUAGAACACCCAAAUGUGUACAAAUGGAACAUCAUGAACAUUACGUCGUAUAUUGAAUGCGCGAGUGUGGAUGGCAUUACCUUAGAAUCGCUUGAAUUUUCAGCAGAUUGUACCAGAACACAAAUGUUAAUAUCUUUACAUCCUAAAAAUGGAGGGCGGAAAGUUCGAACAAAGUAUAGACUAUAUCUUCUAAAUAAUGAAAGAAAUAAAAUACGUCCUUGCUUCAAUGAUGUUAAAAGUCAAUAUGUCAGCCAACUAACUAAUGAAGUUGUUAUCGAUACUUGCAUCGGCAAGAUGGAUAUCGAUGCAAGCGAGCUAUUAAAUAGAAAAGAUGAAUUUCUGCAAGCAGAUGAUAGUUUAACAAUAUGUGUUGAUAUCACUGUUUAUGAUGAUCCUAUGACAAUCGCUAAUCCAAUUAACUCAUUGAAAGGUUCAGGACGAAAAUUAGCUGAUGACUUUAAAGAUCUUUUGACUACUAAGACAAAAUCUGAUAUAGUUAUCAUAGUUGGUAAUAAAAAGUUUGAUGCUCAUAAGGUUAUUUUGAUUGCACGGAGCAGCUUUUUUGAAGCUAUGUUUUCACACGACAUGAAGGAGAACAAAGAAAAUGAAGUAACCAUACCAGAUAUCGAUCCUAAGGUAUUCGGAAAGCUUCUUGAGUUUAUCUAUACGGAUCAAAUUGAUGAUUUAGAUGAUUUUGCUAAUGAACUAUUGGAAGCAUCGGACAAGUAUCAGCUUCAAGGACUUAAAGAGACGUGCGAAGUUUCUCUAGCCAAAAAUUUAAAUACUGAAAAUGCUAUAAAAUUAUUGAUUUUGGCAGAUCGUUACAAUGCAACACAGUUGAAAGAAAUAGUCAUUGCACACAUAAUUAUCAAUUUUACAGAGGUGAAGAAUACUGAAGACUACAAGGCAUUGGGAAAGUCUCAACCGUCUCUUGCUGUUGUUUUACUUCAAAAAUUUGUCGAUGGAAUUCAUCUUAAAUAA